AUGUCUCGCAGCAUCCUUCGCACCACAUCCUUAGUGAGACUCUCGGCUGACGAGGCGUCAGCGGGGCGCGCCGCCUCGCCCCUGUGCGCCGCCGAGGCGCGCGAGCUUUCGGAGAGGGUGUCCGAGGAGGGGGUGCGGCACGAGGCCUGGGUGCGCGAAGCCUCCCCCGUCUCGAAGGAAGGGAGCUUGGAGGAGGCCUCCCUCGAGGCCGCAGAGGACGCCUCGAAGGAGCGGAACCUUGAGGCUCGCUUGGACGGCUCCCUCGAGCCAGAGGCCUCCCUCGACGCCCCAGCAGACACGCCCCCCUCGAAGGACGCGACCUUUGAGGCUCGCUUGGGCGGCUCCCUCGAGCCAGAGGCCUCCCUCGACGCCCCAGCAGACACGCCCCCCUCGAAGGACGCGACCUUUGAGGCUCGCUUGGGCGGCUCCCUCGAGCCAGAGGCCUCCCUCGACGCCCCAGCAGACACGCCCCCCUCGAAGGACGCGACCUUUGAGGCUCGCUUGGACUGCGAGCCAGACGGCUCCCUCGAGCAGGCGUGGCCCUCGCGGAAGGACGCCUCGAACGAGCGCUCCUUGACGGAGCGCCGCGAGAAGUCGCCGAACGAGAGGCCUCGCAGCCUCCCCCCGAGGCUGGCGAGCGCCUUGACGGACGGCACGCUCGGCCUGCCCGGCCGCGGCCUGUCUCUGGGGACAGGCUGCCGAGUCCCGGCCGGCGGCGUGGAGGGCCAACUGCUGCCGGCCGUGGAGCUGUCGCUGACGCUCCCCUUCUCGUCGGUGAAGGGCACGUCACGCUAUCCGGACCCGGGAUCACCCGCCGCCGCCGCCUCGGCCUCCUCCUCGCUCGACGCCGCCACCGAUGAGGCGGCGCGCACGGCCGUGCUGGUUGCGAUCGAGGAGGCGCUCGAGCGCGUCGCGCAGGCCCGCUGGCUGCGGAAGGUUGGCCGCCUCGUCACCCCCGCCACCGCUUCCUCGCUGCAGCUGGUGCUGACCGCGCGGCGCGACCUGCGUCUCGUCGGCCUGCGCGCCGCCCUCGCCCUCGCCCCCGACGACGGCGGCGCGGCGCUCAAGCGGGUGAUGAAGCCGCUGCUCCAUGCCCACCGCGACGGGUCGCUGUGCGGCCUCGUCAAGGGGAGCGACGGGCUGCUGGAGUGGGACGCGGCCGGGCUGCUGACGUCGUCGUUUGUUCGUGGACGCUGGGCGAUGGCUCCCGCCUCUGCCUCCGCCCCCUCUUCGGCCUGCGUCGACCUCGCCGCCCGCGCCUCCCCCGCCGCCGCCGCCGCCGCCUCGGCCUCCGCCUCGCUCGACGCCGCCGCCGGUGCGGCGGCGCGCACUGACGUGCUGGUCGCGGUCGCGGAGGCGCUCGAGCGCGUCGAGCAGGGCGGCUUGCUGCGGAUCGUCGGCCGCCUCGUCACCCCCGCCACCGCUUCCUCGCUGCAGCUGGUGCUGACCGCGCGGCGCGACCUGCGUCUCGUCGGCCUGCGCGCCGCCCUCGCCCUCGCCGCCGACGACGGCGGCGCGGCGCUCAAGCGGGUGAUGAAGCCGCUGCUCCAGGCCCACCGCGACGGGUCGCUGUGCGGCCUCGUCAAGGGGAGCGACGGGCUGCUGGAGUGGGACGAGGGGCACAGGCUCUGGACCACCUACCGGGUCGAGCAGGACGUCUCCUCCAGCCUAGAGGCCUUGCUGCGAGUGGUGGACCUCGCCGCCCGCGCCCCCCCCGCCGCCGCCGCCGCCGCCUCGGCCUCCUCCUCGCUCGACGCCGCCGCCGGUGCGGCGGCGCGCACUGACGUGCUGGUCGCGGUCGCGGAGGCGCUCGAGCGCGUCGAGCAGGGCGCCUGGCUGCAGAACCUUGGCCGCCUCGUCACCCCCGCCACCGCUUCCUCGCUGCAGCUGGUGCUGACCGCGCGGCGCGACCUGCGUCUCGUCGGCCUGCGCGCCGCCCUCGCCCUCGCCGGCGACGACGGCGGCGCGGCGCUCGAGACGGCGAUGAAGCCGCUGCUCCAGGCCCACCGCGACGGGUCGCUGUGCGGCCUCGUCAAGGGGAGCGACGGGCUGCUGGAGUGGGACGAGGGGGAGGAACUCUGGAUGGCCCUCCGCAAAGUCGAGCUGCGGCACCCGCGCUUCGCUCCCAGUCCAAGCUUUGCAGCCCUCGACUUGCGGGCCGAGAUCCGCGCGCAGAGUGAGAACUACCUCUCCGACGUGGCGCUCGGCGAGCUGCUCAAGGUGCACUCGCAUGCGGCGGCCCCGCUCCACGGCUACGUCGCGCCGACGACGCGCGUGUCGCAGAUCGCCGUUGGAGCGCCGGCGGCGGGGGCGGUGUACCCGGUGGCCGGGGAGGCUCUGCGCUUCGUGUGCGGAAUGUGGGUGGGCGCUGUGGGCCUGUCCGACGAGGCGGGGGGCGUGCGGCCGGCCGAGGAGCUCGUCGCCGCCGGCGACGCGCUGCUGCCGAAGCUGCGCAGCAACUCCUUUGCCGGCGCCAAAUGCAGGUCGCACAAUUACGCCCGCUCCCGCGGCAAGCUGCGCGCGAUGGUGGUCGGACUUCGCGGGUGGAAGCCGCUGGCGCCGAGCCGCUGGCAGACCACCGACCCGCUCGCCACCUGCGCCGACAUCGGCGCCGCGCACGCCGCCUGCGGCCCCUUUGCCGCCUUUUGCCGGCGCGCGUACGUCGUGGACGGCGUCAUCACCGUCGAGCUCAUCGAGACGGCGUCGCACCCGCACAGCGACGCCCGCGGCGACGCCGACUUCCACUGGCGGUACACAGAGCGGCUCGCCGGCGGCCGACAGCUGCGCCUCUCAUUUCCGCUCAAUGAGUACGUCACCUCGGUGGUGACGGUCCACGAGCACAUCGACUUCGACAUCAACAAGCUCGGGCCGGAGGUGCGCCUCGCGCGGUGCGGCUUCUUCCUGCUGGACGCGCGGCGGGCGCCGCCGGCGGCCGGCUUCCUUCCCUUUUGCCUCUACACGCCCGGCACCUCGGGCCGCCCGCGCGAGCAGUACGAGCGCGGCGAGAUUCUCCGCGUCGAGCGCGGCCCGGGCACGCUUGUGGCAAUGACACGAGAGCUCGCGGCGGCGGGGUCGGCCGCCGAGCACGGCGUGCCGCGCUCGCCGAAGCGGGCGCUGCUCGUGCGGCUGCUGCUGCUGGAGGCGCUGGGCCGCGCCACCCUCGUCCCCGCGGCCGGCCCGAGCGCCGUGGAGGAGAGUGUAGACAGGAUCCGGAUCCUGGUGGCACUGUGCGACGAGUACAAGUGGCUGCCCGUGUCGUUUUGCCCGGUGAGCAUGAUUCUCGCCUGGCUGGCGUGA